AUGCUGUUCACAUGUCUUAGUUGUGGCCUUUCUUUUGAGGAAUCCCAACAACAAAGAUGUCAUAUGAAGACAGAUUGGCACAGGUAUAAUCUUAAAAGACGUGUCACACAGCUUCCUCCUGUUGAUGAAGAAACAUUUCAAUCAAAAUCAAAAACUAUAGAGAGCGGCUCCAGUUCAUCUUCACCUGCUCAUGAUACUGAAAAGAGUGAGCAAAGAAAGCUUAAACAGGAUCGCAAAGUAAAACGAGAACGAUUGAGGCAGCAACGUGAGUCACUAUUGAAGGGUGUGGAUGAUGUACCCAAUAAACCAGAACCUAACCAGAGCGCCGGUGAAGAUGAUGCCAAUAAGAUUAUUGAAGAGAAGAUUAAACAACGGGUUGAUAUCAAACCGACAACAUGCCUAUUUUGUCAGAACAAGAAGCAUUCAACUUUCAAUACUGUAGAGGAGAAUGUCUCUCAUAUGACCAAGGUGCAUGGCUUAUUUAUCCCUGAGAAAAAAUAUUUAGUCGAUGUUGAAGGCCUAAUAUCGUAUCUCGGCGAGAAGUUGGGGUUGGGAAAUGUAUGCUUGUCUUGCUCCUACCAAGGUAAGAAUCUAGAAGCGGUCAGAGAACACAUGCAUAGCAAGCGUCACAUACGAAUCCCUUAUGAAACAGAGGAAGAAAAGCUAGAAAUCUCCGACUUUUAUGAUUUCUCGUCGACCUAUUUCGACAAUGUUAAUAAAGUGACCUCCGAUAUCGAAGAUGAUGCGUGGGAAGACGUUUCGGGUGACGAAGAAGACCUCGCCGACGUUUACGAAGAGAGUGGCAUCGAAGAUUUCAUUAUAAACCUUGGCGAUGAGCUCGUACUUCCAAGUGGGGUUUCGAUUGGACACAGGGCGCUGGGAAAACCUCGCAGACCGAAGGCAGAGUUAGUUCUUUCUGAGGGUCAAGGGACAGUGGUAGCAGCCGAAAGUAGGCAGAUUUUCACUAAUACUGCCACGCCAAUUACGAAGGCACAACAGGCAGCUUGGAAAUCAGAAAAGAAGAUGCACGAUCUUAAAGACAAACGUCUGGCGAAGUACGCGAACAACCAACCUCAUUUUAGGGACCAGUUACUCCAAUGA